CUAUAGAGUCUGGACAAAAGCUAAAAAACCUCUCUUUCCUCCACAUUUUUUGGGUUCUCUUGUCUUUGUGCUCUUGUUUCUGUUAAACAGAUUCAAAUUAUCCCCUCUGUUUUUAGUAUUUUAUCUGCUUCGAUUACUUGAACAAGACUAUUCGCAAUCACUCCUUCGUAGUCAAUUGCAAAGGAGAGAGACUUAGAAAGUAGUCUCUCAGCUGUCUGCAUUAUUGUCUUCAAGAGAGUCUCACUCGCACUUAGUGGCGCGUGUCUCACAGUUCUUAUCAGAAUGUGUCGUGCUUCCGAGGAGUCUCAUGUGUGCUUUAUUCAUUUCUGAGGAAUGCUUUUGAUUUUUCAUCAGAUCAUAUAACCUUUGGAGACAGCCUCAACAGCUAGAAUGCCAAAGCCAAGUAUUAGAGGUUCAGAGUUGUCUCAGAGACAAUCUCCAAGGUUAAGGACAUCGUCAUCGUCCACUGCCUCUGAUCCGCAUCACCUCAGCCGUCCGACUCAAGACCAGAGUCUAAAACUCGGUCUUGACCGUAGAUAUUCGAGGAGUGGUGGGCCUCACACGGAUCCGCUGACUCAGAAGAAGCUUGGGAGUCGCAUCUCUGGCUUGGAGUCACAGCUAGGACAAGCCCAGGAGGAGUUGAGAUUGCUCAAACAGCAGUUGGCUAAAGCUGAAGCUGCCAAGAAACGUGCUCAAGAAGAGCUUCAUAAGAAGAAGCCCAAGAAACCAAACCCUCCUGUUCCGGAGAGAGACAACAUCCCUGGUGAUAGGCAUCAAGAGACUGAUGUUUUCGAGGUUCCAGUUGAGAAAACAAAAGAAGGUGAGAAGCUGAAGACUGAUGAGUUGGCUUCAAAGGAAGACCAAAUCAAUGUACUGAAAGCUAGACUAUACGACUUGGAGAAAGAAAAGCUAUCACUUAACGAGGAGAAUGAGGGCUUGAAGAAUCAGUUGAAGAAGAUGGAUUCAGAAAUGUCCACUGCAAAGGCGAAAGAGGGUGGGAUAGCUUCAAAGGUGAGUCAGAUUGAGGAAGAACUACAAGAAAGCAACGAGACGAUGGCAAAGCUAAAGAAGAAGCUGGAAUCCAUGGAAGAAGCAAAAGAGAGUCUAGAAGCCGAGAUGAAGAAGCUGAGAGUACAAACCGAGCAGUGGAGGAAAGCAGCAGACGCUGCAGCUGCGGUUCUAUCUGGAGGGGUAGAGAUGAAUGGUCGGUUCUCAGAGCGGUGCGGGUCAAUGGAGACUCAUUUUGCAGGCAGGUUUGUAGGAUCACCGGGAAUGGCUGACGAUUCGGAUGACGGGUUAGGGUCUGGGAAGAGGAAAGGUUCAGGGAUGAAGAUGUUCGGUGACCUAUGGAAGAAGAAAGGACAAAAAUGAAGUGAUAGACCAAACAGUAGCGUGUGAUUCAGGGAAUUGUCUGAUUUUGUCUACGAAAUGAUGGCUCACCAUUUCGAAUUAUAGAAAAUAUUGCUAGUGAUGAACAUUUAGACAAAGAUUGUGCUGUUUCACCAGAAAAAGCUUUAAUUUAUCAGAAUUCAAAAAUUCAAUUGCAAAGUCU